AUGUUUUUGGUUGGAGGAUUCAGUGAAUCAAAUUAUCUUCAAUCUAGAAUUAAACAAAAAUUUGGAGAUAAAUUGAAAAUAGCAAUUCCACCCAGUCCAAUUACUGCAAUAGUAAAGGGUGCAUGUGAAUAUGGACUUAAUAUGAAAAUUGUAAGCACAAGAGUAUUAUUAUGGUCAUAUGGAGUUAAAGUUAGUAAUGAAUGGCAAACUGGUGAUCCACCAUCUCGUAAAACAGCAGAAGGUCGGAUUCAUAAGUUUGGUUUGAUGGCCAGAAAAGGAACAAAGCUGGUC